AUGUUUUGCUUUGUGGAUGACAUCUUCUGCUUGUUUCAAGGACACACGGAGGAUGUUGCUCUUCUCAAGCAGCAAUAUGGAUUGAACAAGACCGCGGAUGAGGUCAUUGUCGUCAUAGAAGCUUAUAGAACUCCGAGAGAUCGGAGUCCUUACCCUGCUGAUCAGGUCAUGAGAGACAUCACCGGAAAGUUUGCGUUUGUGCUCUUGGACGGCCCUCCGAAAACCACUUUUCUGGCCACUGUAACUAAGUGGCCCUUUCUUCUGGGGAAGUGAUUCCGAAGGUAAUCUCGUUCCCUCGGACGAUGCAGAAGUCAUGAAGAAAGGCUGCGGGAAACUGUAGCACCAUUUC